GCCCCUUCCCCGCGGGUCACGUGACGCGCCGGCCCUCCCCCGUAGAGCCAAAAUGGCGCCGCCUCAGCGCGGGCUUCGAGGAGGAGAGCCAAAAGACCCGCCCCGCCCUGCAAUUAACGCCUAAUUAGCGGCCCGGACUGCUCCAUUUUGAGGGUUAUUGAUCGGCUUUGGGCCCCAUUGAUCCGGAUCAAAGCCAUGCCGAAGCGAAGCAAGAAGGAGGCGGCGGGGGAGGCGAGCGACGAAGGAGGCCGUCGCCCCCCCAAGGCCGGACGGGAGGAAGUGGCGACCUACGAGGACCCCCCCGUACGGGAGGAGACGCCGAGCGGGAAACGCUUUACCCUCAAGGUCACCUCAUGGAACGUGGACGGACUGCGGGCGUGGGUGCGCAAGGGGGGGCUGCAGUGGAUCCAGGAAGAGGCUCCGGAUGUGCUGUGCCUCCAAGAGACCAAAUGUGGGGCAGAAUCGGUACCCCCCGAAGUCCGCGACCUCCAAGCUCUGCCCCACCAGUACUGGGCCUCUCCCAAGGAUCGGCCCGGCUAUAGCGGUGUGGGGCUCCUGACCCGCUCCGAGCCCAUCUGCGUCACCUACGGCAUCGGCGCCGACGAACACGACGGCGAAGGCCGCGUGGUGACGGCGGAAUUCCCUUCUUUUUUCCUGGUUUCCGCUUACGUCCCUAAUUCCGGGCGGGCUUUAAUCCGCCUCCCGUACCGCCAACGCUGGGACGCGGCUUUCCGCUCUUAUUUAUCCCGUUUGGAUCACCGCAAACCCAUCAUCCUUUGCGGCGACCUCAACGUCGCCCAUACGGAAAAGGACCUCCGGCACCCGCGGCCCAACCGCCGCUCCGCCGGAUUCACCGCCGAAGAACGGGAAAACUUCGGAGCUCUCUUAGAGAAAGGCUUUAUCGAUACUUUCCGGUACCUUUAUCCCGAUUUUUUACACGCGUAUACGUUUUGGACCUAUUUAGGGAACGCUCGGGAACGGAAUGUGGGGUGGAGGUUGGAUUAUUUCGUGUUGUCCGAACGGCUCCGGGAGGGGUUGUGCGAUAGUAAGAUCCGGAAUAAGGUGUUGGGGAGCGAUCAUUGUCCCAUUACGCUGUUGAUGGCGGUGUAAAGGGGGGGAUCCGGG